AUGGACGCCACCACUGCCCCCUGCGGUGCCAGUGCCUCCCACCGUCCUCGUGGACGCCACCACCGCCCGCUGCCCCUGGUGAUGCUAGUGCCGCAUGCUGCCCGCUGCCUGCCUGACGCCACCACUUCCCACUGCCCCCAGCAAUGCGAGUUCCGCCCAUCGCCUCCCUGGAGGGCGCCACUGCCUAGUGCCCCUGGCGGUGCCAGUGAUGCCCUCCGCCCCUCUGGACGCCACCACUGCCCCAGCGGUGCCAGUGUUGCAUGCCGUCCUCCUGGAUGCCACCAGUAUCUGCAGCCCGUGGAGAUGCUAGUGCCACCUGCCACCUGCCGCCCUCCUGGGCACCACCACUGGCCACUGCCCCCGGUGGUGCCAGUGUCACCCACCGCCCCCAUGUAUGCCACCACUGCCCACCACCCCUGGAGAUGCCAGUGCCUCUCGCCACCCCAGUGGAUGCCACCACCGCCCGCCAUCCCCGGCAGUGCCAGGGCUACCUCCGCCCCCCUGGACGCCACCACUGCUCCCGGCGGUGCCAGUGCCACCCGCUGCCCCCCUGGAAGGCACCACUGCCUAGUGCCCCUGGCAGUGACAGUGCUGCCCUCCAUCCACCUGAACGCCACCACUGCCCCCAGCAGUGCCAGUGCCACCUGUUGCCCCCCUGGAAGGCACGACUGCCUAGUGCCCCUGGCAGUGCCAGUGCUGCCCUCCGCCCCCCUGGACGCCACCACUGCCCCCAGCGGUGCCUGUGCCACCUGCUGCCCCCCUGGAAGGCACCACUGCCUAGUGCCCCUGGCAGUGCCAGUGCUGCCCUCUGCCCCCCUGGACGCCACCACUGCCCCCAGCGGUGCCAGUGCCACCCACUGCCCCCCUGGAAGGCACCACUGCCUAGUGCCCCUGGCAGUGCCAGUGCUGCCCUCCGCCCCCUGGACGCCACCACUGCCCCCAGCAGAGCCACAGAACCAGUGCCACCCACUGCCCCCCUGGAAGGCACCACUGUCUAGUGCCCCUGGCAGUGCCAGUGCUGCCCUCCGCCCCCCUGGACGCCACCACUGCCCCAGCAGUGCCAGUGCCAUCCGCUGCCCCCCUGGAAGGCACCACUGCCUAGUGCCCCUGGCAGUGCCAGUGCUGCCCUCUGCCCCCCAGGACGCCACCUCUGCCCCCAGCGUUGCCAGCGCCACCCGCCGCCCUCCUGGACGCCACCACUGCCUAGUGCCCCUGGCAGUGCCAGUGCUGCCCUCUGCCCCCCUGGACGCCACCACUACCCUCAGCAGUGCCAGUGCCACCCGCUGCCCCCCUGGAAGGCACCACUGCCUAGUGCCCCUGGCAGUGCCAGUGCUGCCCUCCGCCCCCCUGGACGCCACCACUGCCCCCAGCAGUGCCAGUGCCACCCGCUGCCCCCCUGGACGCCACCACUGCCCCCAGCGGUGCCAGUGCCACCCACCGCCCUACUGGGCACCACCACUGGCCACCGCCCACAGUGAUGCCAGUGCCGCCCGCCACCCCCUUGGAUGGCACCACUGCCCACCACCCCUGGAGAUGCUAGUGCCGCCCGCCGGCGCACUGGAUGUCACCACUGUCUGCAGCCAUCGGCGGUGCCUUUGCCGGCUGCCAGGAUGCUGCCAGCUCCAAUCUGUCCAGUCACCGAGUCGGUCACUGCUAAAUGAAUAUCAGAUACGAAGUGCCUGUUGA